CUCCCAUCGAACUCACCUCUUGCCUUUUACCAGAUGUGACCGUGGGAUUGGCCCAACAGACUCCAUUCACCUAAUCUUUGGAAACCAUUCGUCUAGGGACUCUAGAUUCGAAUUUUGAUUUUUGUUCCAUUUUUUUAUCCAAAAACAUUCAGGAGCGUCAUGUAUUAGUCGGCCUUUUGUUUUUGGUAUUUUUUAAGACCAUUGAAGUCCUUUUUUGGGCGUUUUAACAGUUUUCAUGCCCAUGUUUCUAGAAGUGAGGCUUCUUUCUGCGCCUUGAUUUUUACGUCAUCUCCAUCUCGGCGGGGUCGCCUCAGCCCCUCCAAGCACAAUAGGGUACCGAACUUAACUGCCCGUGCUUCCCAAGGCAUAACCGUACCAAGCAACCCAUGAUCCAUCACUCUUCGCCCACUUUCAGGCGCCCUGUUCCUACCUUGUAGCACUUUUUGCCAAGAUUUGCUGUUCCAGUCAGUUAGUACCUGUACGAGUCACGAGCUUGAUCCUUCGAAGCAUAUAUACUCCAACUUUAACGCCACUGGCUUAGUACUAACAUAGUACGAUCGACACCUUCAGGUUUGCGACGAACCUGCAGAUUCCAAGCCAUAUACAGCCAUCGCAUUUACUCGAAACGAAAUGCCUGAAUACAUCAAUACGCCUCUCUUUGGCGGCGCAAUCACUUGCGACCUACCCGCCAAGUUCGCCGACGUCAGCAAGUUGCGACAAGUUCCCGAUAACCAAGAAGUCUGGAUCGAUCAGGAUGGCUUCACCAGCAUCAUCUUCGACAUCACAGAGCGUGUUGGAGGCUCUGGUUCAGGCCCUGAGGUGGAUGGUCGUGCCAUGACAACUCAUCUCGAAGAUAUGGUUGGUUCGGAUAUCGAUACCGUCAAGAUCUGGAACACUGCCGAGACCGAGUUCUCGAAUCUUGAACCUGGUACUCCCGCAUACACUCUUAUUUCCACGCAGACUCCUCGUGUGAACCAGUCCCGCGAUUCAACAUCUGCACCCGAUUUCACAGCCAUCAUCCUAACUCUUCUGCGGCUCGAGAAGGCCAAGACUGAUAUUCUCAUCACAAUCAAUGUCCCACACAUCAAGGGAGAGUACGACGAGGCUGAGGUUGAUCUUGAACUAGGGCGUCAGGGUAAGCUCAUUGGCGCUGCCGUUGAGUAUUCUGCUACUAUCUGGUCGACAUUUAAGAUCAAGGACUGGGGUCUCUUUGGUGAAGCUUAAGGUAGUUGAAGUUUGUUAAAAGCGAAUGGACAACAUAUCUAGAUUCCGGGGGGAAUGCAGCAGGAAAGAGCUAGGAUAUCAUGAGAUGACUACCACGACUUAUGACCCGUUUUCUUUGUUGAUGGAUGAUACGCAAUUACGGACAUGACAAGUGUGAUUCCCUAGCAUGAGGGAAUAUGCAGGCUUACAAGUUGCUUUCAGAUUAACAUGAUAACAUGUCAUGAUAGAAGGCCAUGUUGAUGAACAUUCAGACAUAUGUAGCUUGGGAAACUCUGCAAUUUUAAGAGACUGCGGGCUGAUACGAGCCAACUCGAACUUUGUCUGCAUUCGCUGACUAUAUACACUCUAUCAUCACUCUAACGUAUUAAAAGCUUGCCCGUGUAUACAGUGUAACCGAUGAACUUCUAUGAGGGAAGUGAAGGCAGUAUAUCUGUAGACUGGAGAGUAUUUGUUCCUAGAUAUGUUAUAUGAUAUAUGAUACCUUAUAGUCUGGGUUUUGACAGGCAGCGUUGUGGGUGGGCGAAGAUGCAGGUGAAUUCGUUAACUCGGACACGCAAAUUAUAAUAUUGAAUGGGUAUAGAUAGACAAACAAACUCCUAGUUAUGCAUUUAUGCUUCAGUCUCGAUAGUUAGAUCAACCAUCUUGUCAACAACACUCUCAACUUCCAACUUGCUAGCCACU